AUCGGGACUUUAGCAUCCAGGUGACCACCGAGCGCCGGGCCUUCACGGCUGGUGAGCCGCUGGAGCUCCGCUGCACCAUUGACGCUCAGAAUGUUCCAGAGCGCUUCUUCUCGGUGUCGUGGGUCUUCAGCAGCUCACCCGUAGCCGUGAUUGGGCCCAGCGCCGUGCCCGUACUGGGACCCAACUAUGCGGAGCGGGAGGCCACCGGCCUCCUGACCGUACGCAAAGAGAGCCCGUCCAUCCACCUGCUCAAGUUGCAGCACCUACUGCCGGAGGACUCUGGGAAAUACAUCUGCAGAGUGACAGAACGGGAGAAGACCCUCACUGGAGAUUUCAUCGACCGCAGCAAACGGUCCCGUAAUGUUCAGAUCACUGUAACCUCUCUCAGAAGUAACAUCACUGUGUCAUUAUCCAGUAACACUUCAGAGAUUAUGGAGGGGGAGACCAUCCAGUUGACCUGUGUUGUUAGCAACACUGUGGGUCCCCUGUCAGUGACGUGGCAGUGGACAGAUAAGGAGGGGGCGGGUCCUGCUGUGAACGUGGCUUCAGUGGAUCGUGAGGGAACGGUCACUUCUGGGCACACCUUUAGCGAGCGCAGUAGCUUUGGAGAGGUCCGGGUGGAGCGGGUUCGACCCGACACAUUCACCCUGUUCCUGUAUAAUGCCUUCCCCACAGAUGAGGGCCAGUACAGAUGCAACGCCACCGAGUGGUCCCAGAGCGGUACUGCACCUGACUGGAUUUGGCAGCAAAUUGGAGACGAAUCCGCCAGCAAGACUGUCACGGUAAAAUCAGUUGAAUCUUUCUUCUUCGUGUCGGCCUCCUCCCGUACGCCUAGCGUGACGUUUGGUGACUCGUUUGACCUGCAGUGCAUCGUGAAGCCACGGCACAAUCCCAACGUUCCUGCUUCAGUCACCUGGCGCUUCCAGCCAGCAGAGGGCGACGGAGAGUUCAGAGAUUUGGUGACAUUCACGCGAGAUGGCACUCUGCAGUGGGGCGACCAGUUGCUGGGCCUGGGCACGCGUACCACUGUGGAUCGUACACCCACUAACACCAACUUUCGCCUCAGCAUCACCCGAGCCGGACGCAAGGAGGCCGGGACGUACCAGUGUGCUGCCCUGCUUUAUCGGAGGAAUUACGAUGGCGCCUGGAGCACGGUGGCCAACCGCACUUCCAACCCGCUGGGCAUCAGUGUACUGCAGCCUGUGAGUAAACUGAAGGUGCACAGAUCCAACCAGAGUCUGCAGUUUCUGGAGGACAGUCGGGUGCGUGUCAACUGCUCCAUCACCUCUCAAACCAGCCCAGACUCUCAGCAUGCCGUGCUGUGGUACGCCCGGAAGGCCGAGGCAGGAGAGCCAGAUGAGCUGCUGUUGAAGAUCGAACACUCUGGAGCGUUCGAGUAUGGAGCGUAUGCAGAGGAGGAACGUCUCCGCAGCCGUGUACAGUCAGAGAGACUCUCUCCUCGGCUAUAUGGCCUCACCUUGCACCGUGCCGAGACCAGCGACUCUGGAACAUACUACUGCCUUGUGGAGGAGUGGCUCAUGGACCCUGAUGGACUCUGGUACCGCCUGGCACAAGACUCCUCCGGCUUUACACAUGUGGUGGUGAGACAGCCAGUGGUGAAGUUGCAGGUGGAGGAGGCAGAAUCCAAUAUCACAGUACCUGAAGAUGGAUCAAUCCGGCUGGGCUGCAGCAUUCUGUCUCAGUCCUCAAAAGAUUCCCGCUUCUCUGUAUCCUGGUAUGUGUACCGUUUGGGGCAGGAGGAGGGGGAUGAGCAAGAGUGUGUCUUUUCCAUUGGUCAUGAUGCAGUAUUCGGUAAUGGGAACUGCAGCCCUACGGAGGAGCCCGGUCCAAACUCUCGCCUGCAGUUUGAACGCACUACCUCUGACCUGUACAGUCUAACCAUCCAGAAAGCUCGGCCCAGAGAUGUCGGCAAUUACUUCUGCCAUGUGGAGGAGUGGCUGCUGAACCCACGCAAUGCCUGGUACCGUCUGGCCACCAACAACUCUGGGGUCACCAUUGUUGAUGUUAUGGAGCAGGUCUCUACCCUACAGUCAGUGGUUUGUUCCAACGACUCCCUCUUCUACUUUGUCUUCUUCUACCCCUUCCCUAUCUUCGGCAUCCUCCUCAUCGCGGUCCUGCUGGUGCGCUACAAGACCCGCAGCUCCAGCAAGAACCAGGAGGGCAAGAACGGAGCGCCGCUCUUGUGGAUCAAAGAGCCUCAUCUCAGCUAUUCCCCAACCUGUCUGGACCCCCCAGCCCUCAGCCUUCACCCCGGCUCUGUGGAGUAACAGUGACACGAACAUGACCCUGUCUCACUCAUCUACACUCUCUCUCUGACUCCCUCUCUCUUUUUCUUCUCCUCCUCGUCCGUGAUGAGGCCACCAGAAAGUAAUCUGGGCUUCUAGCCUGGCCUUUCAAUCCGUCCAUAUGACCGACUAAGACCUUCCUCAGUUGAAGUUGCCAUGACUACGGUGGCUGCUGGUGCCGAUGCCUAGAAAUUUGCAUUGCUUUUUUUCCCCUGUUCUUUUUUUUUUUAAAUAUGAUUUUUACUUUUCAUUCAUGCUCUUGUGUGAGAACCUUUCUUUUGAGGUGGCAGUAUCCGUAAGCCUUGAUGUAUUUUACCCGACUGACACUAACCUCCUUCCCUCUCCAGGAUAGGAAACAGCAGUUUCUUUUUGCUUUUUUUUUUUACUCCCUUCCAUGAAAUCUGGUGGAAACCAUUGCAUAUUAUUUGUUAUUUUGUCUGUGCUGAUUUUUGCUCCAGAAGACUGGAAGGCCAUUGUAGGACCCUGAACGUUUCUAGAGACAAUGGUGUAUGGAUGAAGGAAGAAAAGGACAAUCUUUCCUCAGAAAAACUCGGAAAGCUGACAAUGGAUGUAUAUUGAUUUUUUUGUGUGCACGUGCCACAGAACUGACCUGAGAACUGCCUCUGUGUUAACGGAUAUAGACUAUGGAGAACCCUCAUUGCCCACAGACUCAAGGAUAUACAUGGACCCCAGCUCAUCCUCACUGCCAAAGACCAAUACAACUUCAAAAGCCACAAAUUCAAAUUCACUGACACUGAAUAGGAUUAGACUUGUCUAACGUGAGCCAUCUGAUGUCAUCCAGUUGGAAAAGACAGUGAGAUUCCUACACUGACACGUUUCCUCAUCACUGGUGCUCAGAUGUUUCUGCAUGACCCCAAAUGGCCCAUUUCAUUUCAAGGUCUUCUUGACCUUUCCAAUGUUAAGAAGAUCCAUUUAUCUUCAAAACACCCUUGUGAUUAUGAGUGUGUGUGUGUGUGU